GGAUAUCUUCAAUUUUUCUUCUCGAUAACGAUUACAAAACAAUGCUUCUUAAGACUCAUACAGACGAAUUACAUGUCAAAAAUUUUGAAAAAAAAGAAGGGAAAAAAAUUAAAAUUCGAAUUGUUGGGAAAUUUUUUCAAAACGGUUCCACAGAAUCGAAAAGACGAAAAAACUCAAAAUUUAGCCUUAAGUCUUUGAAAAAUUCGUCUUAUUUUAUGUUAGGAAAGGUAAAGAAGAUAAUAUUGCAUAAUUUAAUAGAGUAUCGAACGUCUUCGUCCGUUUUCUGCAGCAAUCUUGUGCAAAAGGGGGCCGAAGAAAACCACUGACGGAGACGUUCGAUAUCCUAUAUAAUAACGUUUGCAUGAACUUUUUUUUGGAUGGUGAUUAAAAUAAAUCUUAGAAGUUUGAUAAAUUUCUCAUGGAAGAUAAUUAUAUUAGCUUACUCGCAAAAAAAUCUACUCCUUUAGGAGCGUCCGGCAUUUAACAGGAACGUUCGCCAUGGUGGACAAAACAUGCGUGUUGGCAUCAGGCUUGUUAAUACGAUAGAUUAUCGUCUAUAAUCGUCAUCGCCGAUACCGAUAACGUCUGCUAUCGUUAUCGACGUUGACGAUUCCGUCUUCAAACAUUAAUGUUAUCGACGAUAACGAUAUUUACCUGAGGUUAUCAGCUCACUAACGUCUAUCAGAGCAAGUGCACUAGUGCCUAUAUUUCGGUUGCUAAAGCUGGCUUGAUAACUAACAAAAUAACCGCACCGAGCGUUGCUAUUUACUUUUGGAAAAUAACAACUCAAGGAAGGAAGAAUUCUCGAGUAGCACGAAUCCAUAAGUUUGGCAAUGCAAUAGCAACGAACCAAUCCGUUGCUAUUGGACCAAAUGCAGCUUUGUUUGUGUUUUGCUAUCCAAGACAGCAGCCAAAGUGAAAACAAACUGCGAAUUCGUUUUUCAGACGUUAUUGAUGCGAUACCGUCCAGUAGCUAUCGUCCUUGGCAAUGACGAUAAUGUCUGAAGACGUUAGCGUCAUCGUCGAUAACGAUAGCAGACAGUAUUGCUAUCGGCGUUUACGAUAAGUUAUCGAUUAACAACAUUGGUUGGCAUGUUUUUGAGUUCAUUCUCCGUAUUAUUUAUCAAUUUCUUCAGUUUUCCGCGACAAUCUUAUGCUUGAAGUUUGCUCAGGAAUUCUGGGGGACGUUGGGCGGGCCUCUCCAUCUCCUCCAAUGUUUACUUCGAGUAGUAGACCAACGCCAGAUCCGGCCAGAACACCGCAUUUUUGCCUUCAUGGUAUUUUUUGAUGAACCAUUAAUUUCUCCGUUCACGGCCAGUCCGGAGCGAAAGAAGAGCGGUUUUGACAUCCCCUUCUCGCUGAUUAUCAGCCACAGCAUCACAUUCUUGGGGAACUUAGUGUGUGAAACGAACUUCACUUCGGAUCUUACUUCCAUCAUGUGUGGAGUAAAAUACGAAGUGCCCUACCAGUUGUUGCCAUCUGGGGUGAGGUAGGUUUCGUCGUCCACAUGAAAAUCAACUUGACCAGGAUUGGGCGAAGGGUAAUUUGUUUUGUAAAGAAGCUGGAUUUGGUCGGAUUCUGUGACUCAUGUGCUAUGACGAAGCAGUGUCGGGAACUAUUUGAAAGUGUUAGAGAACGAACCACACGUCCGUUGAAGAGUAUUUACUCGGAUCACUGGUAUGGAAUGUAUCACGUUAUUUCGUAUCGUUCAUAAUUGGAUGCAUAUCGUUGUAAUCUAUACCAUCUAUGAAACAAUAGAUAUAGCUAAGUAACAAACAAAAGACUCACCGAGGACCAGGCUGCGAAUAUUUUUCAAUAAGAAAUGCAACUACUAUAAAAAUCAUGUAACCUCACAGCAAAACAAAGUAGCUGAGCGCUUUAAGCAGACGCUAGUUGAAGAGCUAAGAUGAAUUCUGCCUACCGUGAGGCACCCUAAUUCUGUGCACAAAAGAUGGUCAACUAGACCAUGUUUGCCAGGUACUUUUUCACUGUUCGGCCGGUUACACCAGACUCCCGUUCAAGCGCCCGCGGCGAUAUAGCCACUUCUCCCUCGAUCUUCCUCUUCGACAUCUUUUAGAGCCUCUUGUCACUCCGGCCUUUUUUCGAUGCUCUGGUUGUUGUCCAUUAGUGCAAAGAUGUUGUAGAUGCCGGAACGGGCCUAUCCGGCAUCCACGAAGUGCCGCUCGAUGUCCGAUUUCGAAGUAGUUGGGUAGUGUUCUUAAAACGCGCAAACAUCUGAAUGGAGGUCUAACUAUUUUCGACAUCACGGUUAGAGUUCGACUGAUAGAGAGGUCAAAUUUUCUCUGCUGACUCAUGGGUUACUAUGAUUGAUGCUGCAUGUGUAAUUUCAUCAGUGCGUGUAAAGGUCCAUUUUUUUCAAUGCAAAAAUUAGUUGAAAACAUUCCUUGAACCCGGAAAGCCAAUAAAUUGAAAUGAUUUUAAAUUAAUUGUAACUAAGAGGUUAGAAAAGGUGAAACAAUAAAUUGAUUUUGAAUUAAGCUGAGAAAAUAUAAAAAAACCAAAACCAAAGAACCACCAAUUUAGGAAAAACGUUUUAUCGAAACAGCGAGCUUUGAAUGAUUUUUUUAUGACAAACCUAUAAGAUUGAGUUUGUUGUUCUGUUGUUUACAUUCAGCGUUUUUUCGAGUAGAUUUUUAUCUGUGUUUUUCUUUCAACUUCAAACUUCGUCUGCUAUGUGUUGUAUCUCAUCUUUUUUCUAAAGUGAUUUGUGACCAAAGAAAAGUGAAGUUUAAUUGAUUCCGUUGAUUCUUAAGCUGCAAAGUUUCAUUUUAAUCACUGACACCGCCUAUUGUUUUUGUUGCUCGUUUGCGCCAUCGCCAUCGAGGAUAAGGUCAUAUCCACCGCCGUUUUAAAUUUGCACAUUUGCUACACUGAACGAAGAUAUUUCGCUAAAAUGGAGAAUGUGUGUGACCAGUGCGCUAAGCCGGCUCAAGCCGAUGGGGAUAAUAUUCGAUGCAUGGGUUUCUGCAACCAAAUCGCCCAUGUUAUGUGUGCCAAAAUGAACUCGUCCUUUUUGAAAAUUCUUCGCGAAAGGAAAAAUCUCUUCUGGAUGUGCGACGAGUGUGUAAAGCUCAUGAAAAUGACUCGCUUCAAGGAAGCUAUGUCAUCUGUUAGCUGUGCCGUUUCAUCAACCCAAGAUCGACACGCCGAAGCUCUUAGCGAAUUGAAACAGGCAAUUAAAGCCAAUGGUGAACACGUGGAAAAACUUUCCAAGAAGGUCAUUGAAACUGCAUCCACACCACUUUCUUCAAGAAAUGAAGCUAGAGAGCCUCCAAAAAAACGUCGCCGCGAGGAACAAACGAAAACGAAUCCACCACUUCUAGUCCGAACGAAGUCAUCUUCUUCACAGACGAUAAUGACAGUCUCACCUCCAAAGGAACUUUUCUGGUUAUAUUUGUCGAGAAUUCAUCCCAGUGUCAAAACUGAAGCUAUUGUCGAGCUCGCUAAAGAGAGUCUACAGUGCAACGAGCCAAUUAAAGUAAUUCCUUUGUUGAAAAGGAACGCCGACUUGAGCACGAUGAACUUCAUAUCCUUCAAAGUUGGAAUGGACAAAAAAUACCGCGAUAUCGCGCUUGACGUGGAAACCUGGCCACGUGGCGUUGUGUUCCGGGAGUUCGACGGCACUAAUGCAAAAAACUUCUGGGCACCACAAAUUCAAGAAAAGACACAGAAUGCUCCCCGCAUAGAGGUAACCCCAACAAGCGAUCUCUUGCCCCCCAGCACGGAAGUAGGCUCUUCGCAAAUGGAAACCUCGUAGACACGAGGACCAACGCAUCAACCGAUUUUUCACCAGCUACAACCACAUUUCUCUGGCCACUGGGACGCACCGACUCUCGAAUUAUGGUAGCCCCUGACCCCUCCACCGCAGUUGAGCCACUGCCGCCAGCGCUCAUCAGUCGUCCCGGUCCUGCGUGUGGAAGUGGGGAACGGGGCUUCCAAGAACUCAUCAAUGGCAAGUACAAAUCUUUUUACGGUAAUCAUUUUCAUCAGCACUGCGCUUCCAGCCCGCUAGAACUUGACCCUCGGCCACCAGUCUCCAACACACGGCGUUCUACGGUCGACUCGCUGACAACUCCGGGACGCAACGACUCUAGCAUUGUGGAAUCCUCCGAACCCCCCACCGCAGUCGUGCCACUGCCGCCAGCGCUCAACAGUCGUCCCGGUCCUGCGUGUGGUAGCGGAGAACGGGGCUUCCAAAAUAUCACAGAGGACCACCGUGAAAAAUUAUCUGACUUUGUACUACCAGAACGUGCGGGGCCUACGUACCAAAACAAACGAGCUGAGACUGUUGCUUUCCAGUUGUGACUACGAUGUCCUAGUCUUCACUGAAACCUGGCUCCGACCUGACAUCAUUGAUUCGGAGUUGUCAUCCGACUACUCCUUAUUUAGAUGUGACCGCAGUGAGCGUACCAGUAAACUAUCGCGGGGUGGUGGUGUGCUUAUUGCAAUCAAAAAUAACAUCACAAGCACUUUGAUCUCACUGCCGAACAGUAGCCAUCUUGAGCAGGUUGCUGUUAGGGUCCACCUUCCAAGUCGCUCACUUUACAUCUGCUGUAUAUACUUACGGCCAAAUUCCAGUGCUGAUGUGUACGCUGCUCACUCUGCAGCAAUCGGGGCAAUGUCUGAUCAGGUUGACAAUACUGACGUUAUAAUGGUGCUAGGGGACUACAACCUCCCACACCUAAGAUGGCAAUGUGACGCGGAUCUGAACGGUUAUUUGCCCAGUAAUGCAUCGUCUGAACAAGAGAUAGUACUUACUGAAACACUACUCGCCUGUGGUUUAGUUCAAUUGAACAAUCUCACAAAUGUGAAUGGGCG